GGUCGUUGCCGGGCCCUAUAUCCGGUGUCCGCCCGCCCUCGGCUCCGCCGCCGCCACUGCAGCCGCUACCGUGAUGCUGUCUCGGUCCCGCUGCGUGUCCCGGGCAUUCAGCCGCUCGCUCUCCGCUUUCCAGAAGGGGAACUGCCCUCUAGGGAGACGUUCCCUGCCUGGGGUCUCCUUAUGUCAGGGACCGGGUUACCCUGACAGCAGGAAGAUUGUCAUUAACAACAGUAGUGUCUUCACCAUUCGCUUCUUCAGAACUACAGCUGUGUGCAAGGAUGAUGUUAUUACAGUCAAAACCCCAGCGUUUGCAGAAUCUGUCACAGAGGGGGAUGUUAGGUGGGAGAAAGCUGUUGGAGACACAGUUGCAGAAGAUGAAGUGGUCUGUGAGAUUGAAACUGACAAGACAUCUGUGCAGGUUCCAUCACCAGCAAAUGGCGUAAUUGAAGCUCUUUUGGUGCCUGAUGGGGGGAAAGUAGAAGGAGGCACUCCUCUGUUCACACUCAGGAAAACUGGCGCUGCUCCUGCUAAGGCAAAGCCAGCCGAAGCCCCCGCUGCCGCAGCCCCCAAAGCAGAGCCUGUAGCAUCGGCAGUUCCUCCUCCCCCUGCAGCAUCUAUACCCACUCAGAUGCCCCCGGUGCCCUCGCCCUCACAACCUCCUGCUAGCAAACCGGUGUCUGCAGUAAAACCCACUGCUGCUCGUCCAGUAGCUGAGCCAGUAGUUGGCAAAGGUCUCCGUUCAGAACAUCGGGAGAAAAUGAAUAGGAUGCGGCAGCGCAUUGCUCAGCGUCUGAAGGAGGCCCAGAACACAUGUGCAAUGCUGACAACUUUCAAUGAGAUUGACAUGAGUAACAUCCAAGAGAUGAGGGCCCGGCACAAAGAUGCUUUUCUGAAGAAACAUAACCUCAAACUGGGCUUCAUGUCAGCAUUUGUGAAGGCCUCAGCCUUUGCCUUGCAGGAGCAGCCUGUUGUAAAUGCAGUGAUUGACGAUGCAACCAAAGAGGUGGUGUAUAGGGAUUAUAUUGACAUCAGUGUUGCAGUGGCCACCCCACGGGGUUUGGUGGUUCCAGUCAUCAGGAACGUGGAAUCUAUGAAUUAUGCAGAUAUUGAGCGAACCAUCAGUGAACUGGGAGAGAAGGCUCGAAAGAAUGAACUUGCCAUUGAAGAUAUGGAUGGUGGUACUUUCACCAUUAGCAAUGGAGGCGUUUUCGGCUCCCUCUUUGGAACACCCAUUAUCAACCCCCCUCAGUCCGCCAUCCUGGGCAUGCAUGCCAUCUUCGAUAGGCCAGUAGCUGUGGGAGGCAAGGUGGAGGUGCGGCCCAUGAUGUAUGUGGCACUGACUUAUGACCAUCGGCUGAUCGAUGGCAGAGAGGCUGUGACUUUUCUCCGCAAAAUCAAGGCAGCGGUAGAGGAUCCCAGAGUCCUCCUACUAGACCUUUAGGAGGAAGCCAAAUGCCCUAUACAUCGACCAUGCAGGAACUGAAAACCAAUCUUCUCCCUGCCCCCACAUGGGUCCCAGGUUAGCCUGGUGACCGACAGGCACAUGCUGUUGGCCUCAAGCAAGGAACCCAGGGCACUAUGUAACCAGCAGUCACAUGUCUUUUCUUGGUGUUCCUACCAGGCUCUCUCCCUCUCUGCACCCUUCUCGUGCACUCGAAUAUCUUAUUUCCUUAGGCUUAAGGGAGAGAGGGAGAGAGCCUUAACGGAUGCUCAUUAAUUAAUAUUCCUACCUUUCUUCCAUUAGCCCUCUGCAGAAAUGAUCUUGCUUCUCCCCUGUGCCAGAAUGCUAUAGGGAAACCACUGGGGACCAUGUGAUUAAAUUUCAAUCUUUUGAAAGUGUAUUCUCCAGAGACACCUAGGAGGGUGCUAUGCCUCCCAAGCUCAGAGCAGCUUUUGUCCUGCCUGUGCCCAUUCUCACCUGAUUCCACCUGUGUGGAGGUGUUGACCACAGGCCGGGAGGUGCUGCUUCGCUUCUUAAAUGCACCUUCAUUCUCAUCAUUGAUUUCAAGAUGCCUCUUCUACCUCUUUCAGGAAGCACAGGCCAGGGGAUCUGGGUAGGAGGGGUGUCGACAGUGUUGAGGGGAAGAGGGCAUAUUCACCCUGAGGUUAUAUGUUGUAAACAAGAAGGGAGCAGAACCCAGGCCUGCCCUCACACUCUGUCAUAGUCUCGCCCCAGGAAGGCUCAUUUUGGCACAAUCACGCACAACCGUGGUUGUACCAACCUUUCCAGAUUGCUAGGAACCAUUCUAACACAUUGUUUUUUUUAGAGCAGAUUCUAGCAAAUCAUGGUAGUGGGGGAUGGUCACAACCCAAGGCUGGAGCCUGGUAGAGAUUGAGGUGGGGAGGCUUUUUGUGGAUUCGCUCAGAUUGACUUGAGCUUUUAUAUUCCAUUGGUAUAAGCAAGUGGACUGAAGAGGCAGUUCUGUUCCUUCCUGCACGUUGGCCCUAAGGGAGCGGGACCUUAGCUCUUCCUCUGCAGAACACAGGUCUGGGGGAGGAUGGACUGUGGUGGAAACCAGCCCCGGGAUGCUAGUACAUGGGGGAAAUAACCAGUGUCACCUCUGAGGUACUGCCUAGUGGGUCUGGGCACAAUCAUUGAAAUUCCUUGGAGCAUGGUUAAAUGCACGUCUCGUCAUGAAAGCUACUGGGCUUUAUCACUUUGACUCCAACUGCAUCCAGGCCUGAGGCUGCUGACACUUGACAUUGGGAGCCAUAUUUUUAGUGCAGAGUGCCCAUUUGUAUCUUGAGUGAGAAGCAAGGCCUGGGGGGCUGGGUGGGGGGAAGGGAUGGGAGCCAGUACUGAGUGCCUGCAGCAUCUACUAUGUCUUCACUAUUCAGAACUUGUAAUUGAAAUAUUUAAAGAAACAUUUUAAAUGCAAAUUAAAGGGCAAAUGUUCUCAAAUAAG